AUGGCUUCUAGGUUGAGGGACUUCGUGAGGAUGAACCCUCCGGUAUUUCUAGGUUCCAUGGUGGGAGAGAAUCACCAAGAGUUUUUGGAUGAGUUGUGUAAGAUAGUCAAUGCUAUGGGGAUGAAUUCUAGGGAAAAACCGGAACUAGCCUCUUACCAAUUGAAGGAUGAUGCCCAAGUUUGGUUUACUCAAUGGAAAAGCAGUAGGCCAGUAGGAGCGAGUCCUAUUGAUUGGGAAGAGUUUAAGAAAGAGUUCCUUGGUAGGUUUUUCCCCCGUGAAAAGAGAGAGGUUAAGAGGGAGGAGUUUAUCAACCUUAAGCAAGGUAGCAUGAGUGUGCAAGAGUACUUCUUGAAAUUCACCCAAUUAUAUAAGUAUGCCCUAUCUUUGGUGUCUAACCCUAGAGAUGAGAUGAGUAGAUUUGUUACGGGCGAGUCCAACCUUAAGAGGAAGAAUAAGGAGUUGAAGAGGUCUAGGUACAAUGAGCAAGGUCAACUAAGGUUCAAGAGGAGAGAUCCAAACCAAAAUUCUUCAAACACUUCUAAGUUUAACAAAGAGAAAGGCGGUGGACCUCAAUUUUCUAAACCUGCAUGCACCACUUGUGGGAAGAGGCACUAUGGGAAAUGCCUAGCCGGUACUAAUGGGUGCUAUGGUUGUCGUAAGAAUGAUCACAAAGUGAACGAUUUCCCUACUCUUGCGGCCAAAGAAAGAGAGGCCAAACAAGAUUCUCUUAAUGACCCGGAUCCGAAUGCUCCAAAGAGAAACCGUUUCUAUAUGCUUCAAGCUAACAAGGACAAACGAGCUCAUCCGGAUUAA